GGGGUAGCCCUCAGACCACUGCCAGGCCAGGAGGAGGAAGGUAAGGAAGCCAAGACUGACCUUCCAAGGGCAGCAGGUGAGGGCGUGAGGUGGUGUCCAGGGGCCUCGGGAAGAAUCGAGGGUCUGGCCGAGGGCUGGGGGGCCAGCAAAUUGGCAGAGCCCAAGGCACAGCCAUUUCCGAAGAGGCCUGGGACAGGUAUGGCCCAAGGUGAGGGGACUGUGGCCGCCCACCCACCAGGACCAAGGUCGUAAAUCAUCCGCCAGAUUGUCACAGAGCGUCUGCAGGAGGAGGGUUCUGGUUCCGGUCACCGAGAGAGCAUGGCCCCUCCCCAGGCCCUGAGCCUUUCUGGCCGUAUCCCCCACAGGGAGGGACUGCUCUCAUAUCUGGUUGGAGAGCCCCACGGCCCGCAGUGGCGUGUACACCAUCCAGCCAGAGGGAGUCAGCACCCCCUUCAAGGUUUUCUGUGACAUGCGCAUGGACGGUGGCUGGACGGUGAUUCAGAGCCGAGACCGGGGCCGGCGGAGGCCUCUGGACUUUGAGAGGUGCUGGCAGGAGUACAAACAAGGCUUCGGAGACCUGAGAGGUGACCACUGGCUGGGGCUGGAGCACAUCUCUGGCCUGACCUCCCAGCCGGGCCUGCGCUCAGAGCUGACGGUGGAUCUCCUGGGCCUGGACAACCACACACUUCAGGCCCACUAUGAGCACUUCCACGUGGACAGGGAGGACCAGUUUUACCAGCUGACCCUUGGCCCGUACUCGGGGAAUGCAGGGGACGCAUUCCGGGGCGUGGGCCAGACGGACAACCAGGAGGGCUGUGGCUUCAGCACGCUGGACCGCGACCAUGACCGCUGCUCGCCCUGCACGGAUGGCGCCCAGACCUUCACCAGCUGCAGCCACGAUCGCUCAGGAGCCGGUUGGUGGUACAGCGCCUGCGGCCACGCGGACCUCAACGGGCCAUGGCCAGAGCACACGGGGGCCGCUUCCGGCAUGCGCUGGGCCGCGGGCAACCACCAGCCCGCCUUGCGCGCCAGCGUGCUGCGCGUGCGCACCACUGCUUCCCUCAAGGCCUAGGCCCCUGCCCAUCCGUGGCCGAGCCUCAUUAAAUGUUCAAGCCCGGC